AUGUGGCCCGCCAUGUGGCCUACUCCCGCAUGGCAACAUGCUGCCAAGCAGACCUGCUGGGGCAGCACAGGGCCGCGCUGGUUCGAACGAAGCCGUUUUGGGGAUCCGACCACCCUUGGGACUCGGACGACACUCACAGUGAUGUGCUGCGCGGCCCGUGCGGCCCGUUGUGCGGCGCGUGCGACACGUGGCGGGAGAAGGGCGCGGGGGACGCGCAAGCCGCUGCCGACGCUGAAGCAACUCCGUGAGAAGCUGAAGGAGCUGGGCCUACCCAGUUCGGGGAAGAAGGCAGAUUUAUUGGAGGCGUUGCGGCAGGCAGUGCUCGAGGCCGAAGAUUUGUUGGAACCCGAGGUUCUCCCACCGAAGAUGGUGAAGUCCGGAGGCGAUGGUGAAGGCGUACACCCGGUGGACACCAAGAUGAGAUCCAGUUGGCAGGCAGUCACGGUGAGCUUGGAGGAGGACUCGGAGGUCAUCCGCCCAGGGGACCGCGUCUUCCUCCGUGCGCACACCGGGCGGUACAUUGAAGUGGAGCGCGACCGAGCUUGUGCUCGUUGGGACGAUUGCGGCGGAUGGCAGGAACUGGUCAUUGAGAAGAGCCCUUUGGUGAUUGAGGACACUGAUCCCACUCUUUUCCAUCCAGGUGAUCUAAUCUUCUUGAAAGCUCACACCGGUUGUUACUUGGAAGUUCAGGAAGAAGGGAGUCCUGUCCAAGCACGCUGGGAAGACUUGGGCGUUUGGCAAGGUCUGGAGCUUGCGAAGAAAGACACGGACCCACUGAGGGUCGGAGAUAUUUUAUUUCUGAAGAGUCAUACUGGGCUUUAUGUCGACGUGCAGGGGGAUGGGGUUCAAGCUCGCUGGGCGGAUGAAGGGGAUUGGCAAGCGCUGACCAUCUCGCGGUGA